AUGGCAUCGGUCAAAGUUGUCUCGCUGUUGAUCAAGACCUUGAGCAAACCAAUUGCCAACCGGCUCAAGAUCAGUGCACAGGAACAUCCUAAGUUCAGCCAAGCAUUUCGUACAGUGUGUGUAGGCCUUGCUCAAUCCCUUCAUCGAUACGAAACUCGCCUGGCCGCCGGAAUUUUCGCCAAAGUACAUCCUGUUAUUCGGCCCCUCAGUGAUACCAAGGCUAUUCAAAAUGGUGCCAACUUCUUAUCCGAAGCUUUCUUAUUCUCAGUGGCAGUAGCCCUAAUCGUAGCCGAGAACUUACGAGGAAGGAUGCAGACAGCUCAUCGACGAGACGUUGUCAACGAACGACUCACCGAGCUGGAAACUCUAUGCGCGAAUAUCCGAACAAAUCAAGAAACACUACAGCGACAGAUCCAGCCGCUCUUGCUUCUGCAUACCGACCAACAAGAAGGAGAAGACUUUUUGCAGACUUCGAGCCAGCCGGCGACGGGCGGACAGUCGGAGUCUUCGGGACCAGGCUCCAGCGGCUCGGCCGACGACCGGCCUGUUUGUUUACCCACCGAUAAUGAUGAGCGGCCGUCAGAACUUACUCGGCCUCAACCUCUUGCUGAUGACCAGACCGUGCGCCGGGCCGAACUCGCCCUGGGAUGGAUAAAAGCUUGA